AGGAAAGAUUGCUAACCUGAUAUGGGAGGAUGCCUUUUCCCUGAAGUUCAGAUUUUAAGUCCUUCCGACGUCUGGUUCCUCCCCAUCCCUUCAAGGCCCCUGGCUCCUAGGCUGUGCCCGCAACUUAGGAGCUGCUUUUCACUCCCCAUUUCCUAAAAGCAGGCCUUCUACCUCUACUUGUACCAGUCCUUGGCUGUCCUAGUGUCUUCCAUCUAGCCAAACUGGUUUGAGCCAGCCACACCCCUUUCCAGUUUCUGGGGCUCUUCAGGCAGUGGCUGGCUGCUUGGCCCCACCCCGUGGCUUGGCGGGGAGCCCUGAGUCAGCUCCCUCUCCACCCAGGCCAAAUGAAACCUGAGGCAGGAGGCGAAACUCCAAGUCCCUCAAGACCUGUGGCCAGGUGAUGGAGGACGAGGAAAAGGCAGUGGAAUGCUUGGUGAGCAGCACGGAAGCUGCCCAUUCUCCAUCCCCCAUCCGCUGCUGCUGGCUCCGCCUCCGCUACUUGGCAGCUGCUAGCAUUAUCUGUGGCUGCUCUUGCCUGGGAGUCAUAGCUCUUGUGUUUGCCAUCAAGGCAGAAGAGCGGCAUAAGGCAGCCCGGUGCGAGGAGGCAGUCUACUGGGGGGCUCGUGCCCGGAGGCUCAUCGUGGCCAGCUUUGCUGUCUGGCUGGCUGUUCUCCUGCUGAGCCCUCUGCUGCUGUGGCUGCUCUCCUAUGCCAUCGCUCAGGCUGAGUGACCCUCAGCAGCCUUUGCUGAGAGUCCACCAAGACUACCUGGAUCCUGUCAUGUGGCCUUGCCAAGGUCCCGGGACAGCAGCGGGCCUUUCUGCCUGGAAAGAUGGAGCCUCGCUCACUGGGUUUCUGAAGAGUCACCUUGUCAUUGAUACCAGGAGAGUGGCAGCCACUGAGCUGCCAACCCUGCUCUUCCGGUGCUCACCAUCUUCUGUCUCUCUGACCCUUUUCCAUCCUAGAGACAUUCACCCAGAAAGGGGGUUGAGGACCAGGCCUAGUUUUAUUAGAAUUUGUUUUUAAUAAAAGCCUUUUCUAGUGGUGAA